AUGGAGAAAUAUACAAGGUUUACUUCUACUGUGCAAAAGAGAAUGAGGAAGCCAGACUACACUUCUGGUUCCACAAGCAAGCAGCUCAAGCUUUACACCAUGACAAGUCCUAUGAUAAUAGUAGAGAGAUUCAUCUGCAUCUAUCCAGCUUACUUAAAUAACAAGAAGACAAUAGCAGAAGGAAGAAGAAUACCUGUGGACAAAGCUGUUGAAAAUCCCACAUCUACAGAAAUCCAAGAUGUAUGUGCAGCAGUUGGACUCAAUGUGCUUAUAGAGAAGAACAAGUUGUACCCUAGAGAGUGGAACCGUGAUAUGCAAUAUAGGGGCAGAGUGAGAAUUCAGCUCAAGCAGGAGGAUGGCAACCCAUGUUUACCUCAGUUUCCAACACGUAAAUCAGUGAUGCUAUAUGCAGCAGAAACAAUUCCAAAACUGAAAACAAGGACACAAAAAAUGGCAGGUAGUGACCAAAAUCUCCAGCCAGGAGAGGGAGGCAAAAAAGGCAAAGGAAAGAAGAAAAAGUGAGCCUGUCACUGGCACUUUAUGACCGGUGUGGAUGGGACAUUACUAUUCAUGAAUUUGAACUGAGAUACUGAAAGAGAAAACUGGCAAAAUUGUACAGAGUUGUCUUCAAUUUUUUACUGAACUGGAAUGCAUGUGCCUCACAUUGUGUAACGGUAUUCAAAAAAAGCCCGAAUCUUAAAAUAGCAAUCAGUUUUAGAAGUUACAAACCACAUAGACAAUUUGGAAAUGGAAACAUGAUCCUUUUCAUGGAUAAAUAUGAAAUUGUUUGGCUUAAAAAAAAAAAAAAAAGCUUAUUUUAUGUGGACAGGAUAUUUGAAGUUCAUUGCCUCAGUACAAAAUGCAUGUGUGCUGAUAAAAAAAUUUUCUUAAGUCUGGAGCCUAUAUAUCACUGUACGAGGAAAAUUCAAAAUGAAGUUAUCAUAAUCAUUCACGAAUGUUAAGUGUAAUAAAGGUGGAAAAAACACAUUUUGAAAAGCUAAUUGUAUAAAAUAUUUCAGUGAGAA